AUGUAACAAAAUUGUAAUUUGAUUCUCAACGACCGAGGAUCUCUAUGGUUAGGAGACUACGAGUCUGCUCUUAAUUAGGUAUAAGAAAAUAUCAAUCUUUAAGGAGUUCUUAAAAAGUAAAGGAAUAAGGACAGUUAUAACAGUAGCUGCAGGAUUGAAUUUAAAAUAUGAAGGAAUUGUCCAUCAUAAAAUAGAAAUAUUGGAUAUAGAAUUAACCAAUAUAUCUCAAUAUUUUCAAACAGCCAAUGAUUGGAUAGAAAGAGGAUUUAAUAUAGGAGGAGUAUUAGGUAUCAUAAAUCUAUUAUAAAAAGUUAAGUUCACUGCAUGGCAGGUGUCUCCCGAUCUGCAGCCAUAAUAAUAGCAUAUUUAAUUGAGAGAAAAAAAAUGAAUUAUUAUUAGGCUUUUACUUUUGUUAAAUCUAAACGACCUUAAAUAAAUCCUAACAAAGGUUUUACCAAUUAAUUAAUGUCUUAUGCAACAAGAACUGCGUAACCUCCAAUACCAAAAUCAUAAAGAGCCAACCAUUUUCAAUAAAAUUAGGAUUAAUUUGAGAGUAAUUAAUAUGCUCCAGUUACUCGUAAAAGUUCAGCAGGACUUAUAUAAUAAAAUACUAAUUUCUAUAAAUCUAUUACUAAAUCAAUGUCACAAAGUAAAAACAAAAACAAAUGAAUUUCUAUCAAUAUACAACUAAA